AUGGGGUCGAGAGUUCUGAAUCGGGAUCAUUUUCCGGUUUGCCCUUUCGGAGGUUCAGAAGGUAAAAAAGAAAGAUGCCAUCGCCAUUUUUUUUUUUCAACAGUCUGAUAGGAAUUUAGCUGAAAAGGUCGCGUGCUGGAUAACUUCAGACUCACUCGUUUGAAUCUACUGCUCACCUGAAAAAAAUCACUGUCUUUAACAGGCAAAGAACAAAAAAAAAAAAUCAAAGAUGACUGCCUAAUUUUUCAAAUCAAUCUUUGGGAAGAAACUUCUUGGUUUUUUUAUUUUGCACGUUUCGAAAUUAUUCGUUCUUCAAAAAUAUAGGCAUUAUUCUCUUUUAGACACGCAAGAACUCGAAAAUAAGUCACACCUGAAAUAACCGAUAUUUUUUUUUUACGAAUCUCUAAACAAUUUUUUUUAGUUCACUGUAGACUCUUGAAAAUUUGGCUGCAAAGAGGCGGAGCUAGAGAUUCCAUAAGUGUCCGAAAGAAAGUUUGGCGCCGUCCUUUCACCUGCAAAUUUCCGAGCGGCGAUUUCUUUCUUGACGCAUUUUGUUAUUAAAUUAUGAUGGCGGCCAUUUUUCAGGUAGAAACGUGCUUGGAGAUUGCACAGCUAUUCGGCUGAAUGUCGCUUCUUGGCGUAUUUUUAUUCUUCUCUUCAGUUCUAUCAACAGAAAUGCUACCAACGCCGUUCAAAAACGGUGAUAACCUUUUUACUUCGAUAAUCUUGAAUAGGGGGCAAAUCUUUUUCUGAAGGCUCUUUGGAUUAACUUUUAUUUUAAUAUUUGAACGUUCAGGAAAACUUUUAAUGUAUGUUUUGGAUUUAUAUACAUAAUGGGUCUAAAUUAUAUUUUAUACAAAUUUUGGAAAAUUUUUGCUCGAAAUUUCAUCUGUUAACCAUCCAUUUCAGAAACGCUUCUGAAAAAAAAAGACUUGGUCAUCAGUAACCCUACCAUAGUUCUAACUCUACGGCAAAAUCGGACGGUGAGAAAUUACAAUGUCUCCAUUUAGAAAAUAGUGUUAUUGAAGGAUUAUCAUCAGCGAUCCUCCAACUCCAAACAUAGAGAGAAAACCGUAUCUGAUGAGAAAUUCAGAAACAACGGAAGCGGCAAGAAAGCUUGGAAACCGCGUACCCAACCUUUAUCACGCGUAGGAAUAAUGCUAAUUUUCCAACGAAAAUUUCGAAACGAGACUUUCUUGCAGACAGUCACUAGAAAAAGAGUGAGAGGAACAAACUCCUCAGUUCUACCUUACUGGCACUACGGAGUCCAAACGAGUCAAACAAAUCUGGACUUCCAGAAUCAUGUUCGUUCUUUUUCGAAAAAAGCGCUGAUGAAAAAAAGUAUAUAACAUUUUUUUUUCAUCAAAGAGUUCAGACUUUCACAUUGUAUAUUUCCACAAAGGAUAUUUCAGAAUGUGAUCAUGAAAGCAUCAGAAGACAUCAACUCAAGAAACCAGACGAAUCUCUCGACGGCCAACAGGAUAAGGAAAAAUGAUGUCGUUAAAAAGUCGAUCCAUCCAUUGAAAAUGGUAAGUACGGCCAAAUACACCAAUUGACGGCACACUUAUGAAAUUAUUUUUUCUGAGUUUUUUGCGAAGAACAUAAUCCUUGAAACAAAUAAGAAGGGAUGGAAUGGGAUAACUCUUGCAAAAACUUAUCGAAAUAAUUUUUAAUUACUUCUCAUCGUCAGAGAAAAAAGUCGAAUUCCGGACAUCCCUUCCUGCUACGGCUCAAGAAAACAGACUGAGAUAAUUUCAACUUGCAGAAAAAAAAGGUUGAGCUCGAUGAGAAACCAGGAAUCCAGAAGGAGAAUUCUGUCAAUGAAAGGAAAAGCUCAUUUAAUUACACCGCGCAGGAUACUUCUAAAUUAAAAACUCAAACAAUCCAAACCAUUGACAAGUUUGCUGAUUCUCUCACUCUUUCGAAAAUACUUUGCAUUUCAGAACCAAAACGACCGCUUUGGGUUCCAAAACGUUCAACCCAGUUCGAAUACCGCAUUACAACUUUCUGAAGGUAAUUCAGUAUAACUUUGGCUCAAUUUAAAUUCUUUCGCAGCCCAAAAAAGCGUCACACAAAAAUCCGAACGACCUCGUCCUGUUUCUCCAGAGCAGCAGCGUUCGUCGGAAACCAGCAGUUCCCAUAUCACCAGUUAGUGACUUUCAUGAAAAAAAGACAACCGAUUAAUUUUUUGUACAUUUAUUUAGCUUCGGCCAAUAGACGGACGAGGAGUUGAUGAUCCAAAAAAUUUUUUGAUAAAAAACCUUGAGUGUACGCAUAUGAGAGGACCGCAGUGGAAUUGAAUAUUUUUUAUUAUUUUCGAUCCAACUUGUUAGUCAAAAAUCUCUACGUUAGAACAAUUCAGCCUCGCUUCCUUUUGUCUUCUUUGAACCGUCGUGUGAAAGAAGGCAAACCAUGCUACAUCAACAAAUACGGUUAUUCGACGUUCAAUAUCUAUUUUAUCCAGAAAGCUUCAGGGUUCGAGUGCUGCGACAAACAGUUGGAGACUAUUAUGCUUGAAAGCUAUGAGCAAACAAAAAAAAGAUUCAAAGAAUUCAGCUUAAGAACAAUAGCGGAAAGCAUCAAACAAGACGCUAACAAGUUGUAAGUAGGUCGAUAAGUUCUCAAUUUGAAGUUACUCAGUUUCAAUGACUACUUCGAAUCGGUUGUGUCUAUUCGCGACUUCUACAUAACGGCAGAAUCUUCACUUUUUUGCAAAAUACAAGCAGACAACUACAUAAUUCAUGCUUAUGUAAGCGGAAAUUAGUUUCAACUGUUUUUCAUAAAAGUUUCAGAAGAGAGGCUCAGCUAACAAUAAGGCAAAAACAGGUAGUAAAUGCGUUUUUGAGAAAAAAGGUUUAUUCAGAUUUUAACCGAUCGGCGGAAAUCCCCUUUCACGAACUAACACGAGAUCGAAUCAAGCAGAACGCAACUAUCAUUCUCGCUAACCUGGACUGA